AGAAAGUCAAAAUCGUUGACAAAGGAAGAAGAAGCAAUUUCAAUGGAGAAACCGGAGAAGAAAGGGGUGAUAGACACGUGGCUUGAUAAGCAUCGUUCGAUCUACACGGCGGCUACACGCCAUGCCUUCGUCGCCUCCAUCCGCGACGGAUCGGUUGCUCUCUCGUCCUUCAGAACUUGGCUGGGGCAAGACUAUCUGUUCGUGAGGGGAUUCGUGCCGUUCGUGGCGAAUGUUCUGAUCAGAGCCGGCAAAGAAGCCGGCGAGACUUCCGACAUGGAAGUCGUGCUUGGGGGUUUGGCGUCGUUGAAUGACGAAAUCGAGUGGUUUAAAAGCGAAGGAUCGAAAUGGGAUGUUGAUUUCUCGACCGUUGUGCCUCAAAAAGCUAAUCAGGAAUAUGGCAGGAUUCUGGAAGCUCUGAUGAGCAGUGAAGUGAAGUAUCCAGUGUUGAUGACAGCUUUCUGGGCAAUCGAAGCAGUGUACCAAGAGAGCUUCGCUCACUGUUUAGAAAACGGGAACAAAACUCCGGCGGAGUUGACCGGAGCUUGCCAUAGAUGGGGAAACGACGGGUUUAAACAGUACUGUUCGUCUGUCAAGAACGUCGCCGAACGUUGUCUGGCGAAUGCUUCCGGGGAAGCUCUUGCCGAAGCUGAGGAUGUACUUGUUCUUGUUCUUGAACAGGAGGUCGCCUUCUGGGAGAUGAGUCGUGGAGGACAGUAG